UCUUGUUAUUUCCACAUCCUAUUCAACAAAUACUCAUCUCAAUUCCUUAGACCGUGUAUUCCUUUGUAAAAUGAAGAAGAAUUGUGAGCUUUGUAAGAGCGUGGCCAGAGUUUACUGUGAAUCUGACCAGGCUAGUUUGUGUUGGAGCUGUGAUGCAAAGGUGCACUCAGCUAACUUUCUGGUGGCUCGGCAUGUGAGGUCUCUACUGUGCCACUUCUGCCAGUCUCGGACUGCUUGGAGUGGCUCGGGACACAAGCUGGGACGAACUCUUUCCAUUUGUGAGCCUUGUGUCGAGGCUCGUGUGGCGCUGGCUAGCGAAAGUCACGGAGCUAAUGACCUGGACUCGGAAUCUGGAAUCGAUUAUGAUUCCGAUGAGGAGGAAGAUGUUAAUGAGGAAGGAGAAUUGUUUCAAGAGGAUUUGGAAGAUGAGGAUAAUCAGGUCGUGCCUUUGUCUUCUUGUUCUUCGGAGAGCCAUCGAUGUCGACCGGACAUCGACAUCAAUAUCUCUCCAGAGGGAUCCGAUGAUUUUGUAGCCGAUCUUAACUCCAAGGAUAAUUCGGAGAGUUCUUCUCCUCACCAAAUGGACAAGGUGACUAGUCCAGGCGAUGAAGAUGCGUACAUUGACUCAUCAUCUCUGAGGCCUUUCAAAUUCAGAAAACUAGAAGCGAGCCGAGUCGCCGGAGCUCAGAAAUAUUUAAGCGAUUCGAGAAUUGCGGAGGCGCUCCAGAGGAAGAUUUGCAAAGGGGGAGGUGAAGGCCAUGAGUGCGUUGAUUUGGAUCUGAACGAGUGUCCUUCAAAUUAAAUUAGAUAGGCCUUUGAGUUCUUGUUUUGGAUUAUAUGAUAGACGGCAGGUUCGUGUUACUGACAACAUGUUAGAUACUAAUCCCCACUAUACUAUCAGUUAUAAGCUUCUACUUAUUCGAUAUUUGGUUUUGGAUGUGUUUGUAAAUGCACUAGAUUCAGAUAUUUGAUCAUUUGUUAAACACCAAGCUGUGUAAUGUAAUUGCUCAAGAGCUGCAUUUUUUGGUUCUUA